GAAGGGAGUAUUAAUUACAGUAUCAUACCCAUUGUAUUGAAUACUAGUAUUAUCCUAAAAAUAGAAAAAAAUACGAAAAAUUUGUAAAAAGCGCGGAAUGGUUUUUUGGGUUCCCGCCGGGGUGAGACCAACUAGUCAACUACUACCUCGAAAACCACCCAGAACGUUACAACGUGUGGCCACUCACAUAGUGACACGUGUCACGAGCAUACCUGCCUCCGAUCUGUAGCUCCCGCACAGUUAAAUAGCCUCUCCGAUUGCCACACGUGUCUCAAACCCCCUCCCGCCUCGUAAAAAUCUAUCCGUUAACCGCUUAACCCUAAUAUCCCUCUCCUCCUCUCUCUCUCUCUCUCUCUUUCUAUCUCUCUCCUCCAACGUCUCUUUUCCAAGAAAAAAGAAAAUCAAAAAAAGAAAAAAAGAAAAAAAAUUCGAAAAUCACAGAAAAAAGGAGACAAGGAGAUAACAAAUGGGGAAGCUAAUCUGCGACUCGACGGCGUCGUCCCCGGUCAUCCCGUGGCGCGAUCCGACCACCACCCCCUCCUCCGAUCUCGACGACCAGGCGUCGGUGCCGCCGCCGCCGCCGGAGAUCUCGUGGGAGAGCGUCCCGGGCUUAGAGGACCAGCAGAAGAGGCAUCUGACGCGGCUCUACACCAAGGGCGUCCUUUGGAAACACCCUGAGGAUAAGAACCUCAGCAUUGUGUUCAGGCUCGUUCACGGCGGAGAGGUCGAGGCGGACGGCAAUUGCCUCUUCACGGCGGCGCGUAAGUCCAUGGACGUCGAGGCGGCGGCGCGUGAGCUGCGCCUCAGGACGGUCAAGCGCUUCGUCGAGGAUCUUGGAUCGGUGGACGAGGAUACGAGGAGGUUCAUCGAAUCGGCGAUUAGGCACAUGUACACGCCGGAUCUGAAGUCGGGGUGGGGGAUCCACGUGGUCCAGGAGGUGAAGCUGUUGGCCAAGAAGGAAGAUCGGGAGGGUUUGGAUUCCGCCAUUGAUGAGCUUGUGCAGCUCGGCAUGCAACGAGAAAUGGCUGCUGAGUCUAUUUACAAAGAAAGAUGUGUAGCUGUGGAUGAUGGGCUGAGUUGGGCCAAGUACAUGUCAAUAUCAGGCUCGGCCGAUGAUGAAUACGAUAUCAUCAAUCUGCAGUACACAGAGGAGGGUUUACUGACAGUCGAUGAGAACAGAGACGGGCAUGCCGCCGCCUUUGGAGAUGAUAUAGCAAUAGAGUGCCUCGCCACCGAGUUCAAAAGGGAAAUCUUUGUGCUGCAAGCGCACGGAUCCGAUGCAAUGGUUGAUGAAGAGAACUGUGUAUUCUUCUUGCCUCACAGGCCAAGAAGUGAAAUAUGCGAGCCACCAUUCUUUCUGUUCAUGAAAGGAACGGGAUGGUGCGGAGCUGGAGCGGAUCAUUACGAACCUUUGGUGGCGCAUCGCUCAGGUCCUUAGCUCCCCGGAGAAAGUAGCCUUGGUGCUUUAGAAUGUUUUCUGCGAUCAUUUUUGUAGGCUGUUGGGAAGAUUGUGAUCGAUUCUUUUCUAGUUAUUCAAUUUUUGGUUGACAAGAUUUAUGAUUGUUUUUGGCAUGGGGAGUAAGCCCAUAUUAGUGUGGGAAGUUGUAGUUUUUAGGGCGGCUUUUUGUUAUGUAGUUUAUUGUGAGGGUAGCUUCUUUCUUCUUGUUAUAUUUGGUGGUGUUCGGUUUACAACUGGAACGGCAUCUUGUGUUGUACGUGUUCCAUCAGCUUCGGAUACGCCUAUGACUCACCUCUUCUUUCUAUUCAACUUUUUUUUUUAGCCUUUUGCACUUUGGUGACUUGUAAUCUCAUAAAAUGAUUAGAUUAUUGUUUUA